CGAUGUACAGCAUGAUGAUGGAGACCGACCUGCACUCGCCUGGAGGCGCCCAGGCUCCCACGAACCUCUCGGGCCCGGCCGGGGCGGGUGGCGGCGGCGGGGGCGGAGGCGGGGGCGGCGGCGGUGGGGGCGCGAAGGCCAACCAGGACCGGGUCAAGCGCCCCAUGAACGCCUUCAUGGUGUGGUCCCGCGGGCAGCGGCGCAAGAUGGCCCAGGAGAACCCCAAGAUGCACAACUCGGAGAUCAGCAAGCGCCUGGGGGCCGAGUGGAAGGUCAUGUCCGAGGCCGAGAAGCGGCCGUUCAUCGACGAGGCCAAACGACUGCGCGCGUUGCACAUGAAGGAGCACCCGGAUUACAAGUACCGGCCGCGCCGCAAGACUAAGACGCUGCUCAAGAAGGACAAGUACUCGCUGGCCGGCGGGCUUCUGGCGGCCGGGGCCGGCGGCGGCAGCGCGGCUGUGGCCAUGGGCGUGGGCGUGGGCACGGCGGCCGUGGGCCAGCGCCUGGAGAGCCCGGGCGGCGCAGCGGGCGGCGGCUACGCGCACGUCAAUGGCUGGGCGAACGGCGCCUACCCCGGCUCGGUGGCGGCGGCGGCAGCGGCCGCGGCCAUGAUGCAAGAGGCACAGCUGGCCUACGGGCAGCACCCGGGCGCGGGCGGCGCGCACCCGCACGCGCACCCGGCGCACCCGCACCCGCACCAUCCGCACGCGCAUCCACACAACCCGCAGCCCAUGCACCGCUACGACAUGGGCGCGCUGCAGUACAGCCCAAUCUCCAACUCCCAGGGCUACAUGAGCGCGUCGCCCUCGGGCUACGGCGGCCUUCCCUAUGGCGCCGCGGCCGCUGCCGCCGCCGCUGCGGGCGGCGCGCACCAGAACUCGGCAGUGGCCGCGGCGGCGGCGGCGGCGGCCGCGUCGUCGGGCGCCCUGGGCGCGCUCGGCUCUCUGGUGAAGUCGGAGCCGAGCGGCAGCCCGCCGGCGCCAGCGCAUUCUCGGGCGCCGUGCCCCGGGGACUUGCGGGAGAUGAUCAGCAUGUACCUGCCGGCGGGAGAGGGUGGCGACCCCGCGGCGCAGAGCCGGCUGCACUCGCUGCCGCAGCACUACCAGGGCGCGGGCGCGGGCGUGAACGGCACGGUGCCCCUAACGCACAUCUAGCGCC